AUGGAGGGUGACAGGGAGAGGAAGGAUGCUGCUGCAGAGUCCAAGGAACUGCAGGUCCUCCAUCGCCCUCACCCACCCCCGCCCCCGCACCCUCCUACUUCUGCGGUGCCACGACCAUUAAUUUUGCGACAGCGUUUUGAGAACGAAAUCAGUCAGCCAAUCAGUCAGUCGUGGGAGCAGCAGCAGCCCAAAUUGAGGUCGCAGGACCAACGGGGUGAAGGGUGUAAUGCGGCACCUUUUGUCCAGCGCCUGCCUCCUUUCUCUCCCGAGUUCUACGCACGGGGCGGACGAGGGCACACAUCUCCUUUCAGAACUGGUCUGCAGAGAUUUUUCACUCCCUUGCUUCGGAAUCUCAACACGAAUCACAGUUACUCCCGAAUCAGCGAUCGACCAACAUGCAGCUUCUCCUCAUCGUCUGCUUCGCUGGCGCAGCUGUGCAGAGAAAACUUCCAGGCCUCGGGUCCUGUGGCCCAAAUCCUGCAGGAUGAGAGGUCUGGAAAUCCAGACGGCAGCUUCAACUACGCCUUCCAGACCGACAAUGGCAUCGUCGUCCAGGCACAGGGAGUCCCUGGAUCCCUCGGACAGACCAACAUCCAAGGAAGCUACAGUUUCCCCUUCCCCGAGGGUCUCACGGGUGAGUUCCGGUACGUAGCGGACGAAAACGGCUUCCGGGCCGAGUCCCCCUUCUUGCCAACCCCCCAUCCCCUUCCAGCCCACGCCAUCGAACAGAUCCGAAUCGCCGAGCAACAGAGAGCCAGUGGCAUCACCUUCGAAUAGUUGUAACACUCGUACUAUCUUUAAGAAUCUCUCUCAUGUCUUAAUCUUCAUUCAACUUCCUUUCAUACAAUAAAUUUCACCUUGA